UGUUCAUGGAUUUGUCCUCUUUUCUACAUGCUACCAGAGUAACCUAGAAGAAACAACUGACAAAAAGGAAGAAAGGCAAACCUAUGGUCUGUUCAGCCAGUGAAACCAAGUGCACAGCUGACGUGUUACUGGUUCCUCUUUACAGCCGCUCAGAUGUGCACAGCUCAAACUUCCUCCUUUGAGUCCAGUGUUCCGCCGCUCUGCCGCCCUGUUCACAUCUGCAGCCUGACCCCGCAGGGUUAGGGAGGAAUGGAAGCUCCGAGCGAGGAAUGAGGAAUAUUCUUAACACCGUCAUCUGAACCCUGAAGUUCAUCUACAAGUGCAGAGAAUAGCCUGUGACUCCAAGUGACUGAUUAAAGCGAGACGACACCAUGGGCUGUGUGGGCUCAAAGAAGGAGCAGAAGUCCACCAGCAAAGAUGCGGAUAACAGCGACCACCAGAACAGAGCUCAGGUACACUAUGUCAAAGACCCCACCUCUGGAAGCAAGGCUGCUGCCAAGCUGCCUUCUAAUGCAACCUCUUCAGAAGGUGAGAGUGUCGCCAUUGCGCUGUAUGACUAUGAGGCAAUUCAUGAUGGAGACCUUGGCUUCAAGAAGGGAGAUAAACUCCGGAUUUUAGAGGAAUCAGGGGAGUGGUGGAGAGCUAUGUCCAUCAGCACAGGCAAAGAAGGCUUCAUUCCCAGCAAUUAUGUAGCCAAAGAUACUCUGGAGACAGAGGAUUGGUUCUUCAAAGGCGUGAGCAGAAAGGAUGCAGAGAGGCAGCUGCUGGCCCCAGGGAAUCGAGUCGGAUCCUAUAUGAUCCGUGACAGUGAGACCACCAAGGGUAGCUAUUCUCUGUCUGUCAGGGAUCUUGAUCCUCAGUCUGGUGACACAGUUAAACAUUAUAAAAUUCGAACACUGGACAAUGGAGGAUUUUACAUCUCUCCACGCAUCACCUUCAGCACUCUGCAAGAGCUGGUCGGCCAUUAUAAGAAGCAGGGAGAUGGCCUCUGUCAAACUCUGACCAACCCAUGUAUAAGCCCCAAACCUGAAAAGCCCUGGGAAAAGGAUGCUUGGGAGAUCCCAAGAUCUUCACUCAAGCUGGACAAGAGACUUGGUGCAGGACAGUUUGGAGAAGUUUGGAUGGCUACAUACAACAAGCACACCAAGGUAGCCGUGAAGACCAUGAAGCCAGGCAGUAUGUCAGUGGAAGCUUUCUUGAUGGAGGCCAACUUGAUGAAGAGUCUACAGCACGACAAACUGGUUCGACUCAACGCCGUGGUCACCAAAGAAGAGCCCAUCUAUAUCAUUACAGAAUAUAUGGAAAAAGGUAGUCUGUUAGACUUCUUAAAGAGUGAUGAGGGCAACCGCGUCCAGCUUCCAAAGCUCAUUGACUUCUCUGCCCAGAUUGCAGAAGGUAUGGCGUACAUCGAACAGAAGAACUACAUCCACAGAGACCUGAGGGCUGCCAACAUCCUGGUCAAUAAGUCCUUAGUGUGCAAAAUCGCUGACUUUGGCCUUGCUCGUAUCAUUGAGGACAAUGAGUACACAGCAAGAGAAGGGGCCAAGUUCCCAAUCAAAUGGACAGCACCUGAAGCCAUCAACUAUGGCUCCUUCACGAUAAAAUCAGAUGUCUGGUCCUUUGGAAUUUUGCUGACCGAGAUUAUUAGUUAUGGACGCACCCCCUACCCAGGAAUGACCAAUCCAGAGGUGAUCCGUUCUCUGGAGAAAGGCUACCGAAUGCAGCGCCUUGACAGCUGUCCCACUGAACUCUAUGAGAUCAUGAUGGAGUGCUGGAAGAACAAGCCCGAGGACCGUCCCACCUUUGAUUACCUGCAGAGUGUCCUGGAAGAUUUCUACACGGCCACAGAGAGCCAGUACCAGCAGCAGCCAUGAGACAUGAUGCAUUAAUAUGUGCUGAAGGUUCAGUUUGGGUGUGCAGCAUUGCAGCUCAGGUCACAAAUACAUAUGCUGUUAGUUUAGCUAUCUGGCUCUAAUUUAUGCAACCAUACACAGUACAAUAAUGGUAGGGAUUGUACAGAAAUCAUUAGUGGAAAAAUUAUUUGGCCUUUAGAAGCCAGGCCUCUAUGCUUUUACUAUUUAAUAAUAUUCCACUUUUUAUUUAAAAAGAAAUAAAUGAGCGACAGGGUAGACCGAAGCAAGCCCCCAAACAGCUCUGUCCAUGAAAAUGUCCCAAUGCUGUUAUUAUACGGCAGCUACGAGGUCUCCGUUCACGCGAAUUAUAUGCAGCAAUAAUUCUGCAGCACUAAAACGGCAAGUCAAAAAGUGUCAAAGAAAUUACAGAUAGAGAUCACACGUAAAAACAGACACCUGUCGUUUUAGGAGGUACUGUGUGAAGAGAUAAGUUUUUACUCAAAAUGCAAUCUAUUUAAUGUUAAAUAUAUUAUGAAUUUAAAAAACAGUUCAUUACUCAACGCCCACAGGCCAACACAAACUAAAUCAAGCUCUGAUGACAGAUUGGUACCUCAUCGGCAUCCUUGUGGUUUGGAGUUUGACGGCACAUCAGAUUAUGUGUAGUAAUAUUUUUAAAUGUUAAUUUUCCCAGAGCUGCAUCAGCUUGUUUGAUUAUUUAUCCUCUCAAAACUCACCACAAAUCCUUUAGAUGCUAACCAAUCACUGUGUGUAAACUGUGUAUUGGUGGAUGUUCUGUGUUUUCAGAAAUGCGUGUCAGUUUGGCCUCUGGCAUGAAUAGUAACGCUUCCAGGAACAUUCUCAAAUAUCUUGCCGUCAUCUUUGUACAGUCCCUAACAUGUUAAAGAUAAUUAACUUCAUCUGCAGCGGCUACUGCACAACCGUCGAGCUCAGCGCAAACGUCCACGCGGAAAUAUUUUCAGUGCUCACCUAUGAUGAUACUGAGCUAACUCAGGAGCAGCGGAAAUGAAAGCAGUGAUUUACAAUGUGAAAAAAAGCACAGGCCUGAUUAUGGUAACAAUCUCUCUCUGCAUGUUUUCAGACUAUUUCUGGCGCUUUAUUAUAUUCUUUGUAACAGUGCCUUUGACAGCGGUUAUUUAAUACUCAUUCAAUCAGCAGAUUAAAAUAUAUUCCAUAUGAUUUGUAUAUACAGAAAAGGUAGCACCCAGAGUCUUAGGUUUAUUCUACUUUUUAAUGCUUAUAUAUUUGAUCCUUAUCUUAAGUUAUUAAAAAGCAGUGCGUCAUAAUUUCAAUAAUGUUUUUUCUUGGACAGAAUAUUUUCUUUAAAAGUAGAAACCUUUUAUAACUUGUUUGUUUUGUUUGUUUGUUUCAGCACAGAGCAAUGACUGAUACUUGCUAAUGCAUUAUUGAUAUUGCUGGAAGAUGAAUGUGAAUUGCACAUAAAUGUUCAGGACCAAAAUCCUGGACAAGUGAGCUUUCAAGAUAGUUAGUUUUUCAUGCUGUGACAGAAAUGAUCUCUAUUUUGAAAAAGUUCAAAGCAAAAGGCAAUGUAUCAGAAAUGUUGUUUUUAAGCGAAGAGCCAUGUAAGAAUGAACCACAACAUUGAUCAGAACUGUAUAUAAUCAUUCACUUAAGACUCUUUUUUUCCCCUCUCUUUUUCUAUACAAAUCCCUUGGCGGUUUAUGAAUGCUUCCAUAAGUGCAACUGUCGUGAAAAUGGUUAAAUAAAUGGUUUUAGAAAUGA